AUGGUGAAUCCACGUCAGCCAGGAACACUUCCUAGAAACACUAUCCAGAAUCUGAAAAAUGAUGGUCAUUGUCUGGCAGUCACUACUCGAGGAGGAAAGCAGACUGUAGAUUCUCCCAUGCCAACUAAAAUGGAAAAUGCAGAAAAAGAUGAGGAUGAAAUAGAGGCAGUUGAGGGGCCAAAGGAUGAUACAGAAAAGGAUGUUGAGGUGACACAAAAAGUUAUCCCUAUGCUGAUACCUCCACCUCCCUUCCCACAAAGGUUGGUUAAAAAGAAUGAAGAAUACCGCAGGUUCAUAGCUUUGUUGAAACAAUUGUCCAUAAAUGUUCAAUUGAUGGAAGCACUUGAACAAAUUUCAGGUGUCAUUGCUACAAGGUCAUUUGUACAGAAGAAAGAGGAUCCUGGAGCUUUCACUAUUCCCUUUACUAUUGGUAUAUUGCACUUUGCGAAGGCCCUAUGUGACUUGGGUGCUAGCAUUAACUUGAUGUCGUUGUCGAUUUAUAAAAAGUUGGGUCUAGGGACUCCCAAGCCAACUACAAUGUGGUUGCUUAUAGCUGAUCGAACUGUGAAGAGACCGAUUGGAGUUCUCCAAGAUGUCCUUGUGAAAUUUUAG